ACCGAGUCUUCUCCCACUCCAUCUUCUCCCACUCCAUCAUCAAGCUCAAGCUUUUCGUACACCUGGCCCUCAUACACUCCCUCAUCAUCAGAAUCCUCAAGCUACCAGACCACCCCAACACCCUCUUCGACACCCAUCUACUACUCUUCAUACACCUCCAUCCCCAAUGUCCCAUCAUCCAUAACAUUCGAGUUCCCCUCCAGCUCCAGCUCCCCAACGCCAUCAUACAGCAGUCGCAGCUCACGCCCGUCAUCAAGCCUCAACGUCACUCUCACGCCUUCAUCAUCUACCCGUUUAACCCUAACACGCACACGCUCCUCAUCCUCAUCUAUCACAUUCCCACCCUGGCCACCGGUCUUCACGCCCACGACAACAUACUCAUCGAGCUCUUCUCUCUACACGCCAUCCUCAAGCUCUCCGGUGGGCGAGACGACGAACACGCUCUCCGACUCGAUUCCCACCUCCUUCGAGUCUGCUAGCAAGAGCGGCUACGCGCCCCCGCCCACGCCAACGGGGACGUUCACCGAUGGCACGUUCUCCUCGUGGCCCAUCGACACUUCGACGCCCACGCCCACACCUACCGAGAGCAAAGUUUAUACGCCCCCUGCACCUACGACGGGGACGUACACCGACGCGACCAACUCGAGCUGGGAUGUUCCUACGCCAACGCCGUCGACACUGUCGACGCGUGUGAGUAGCUCGAGCUCCAGUGCUGAGGAGAGCGAGACAGGGGGUUACUAUGGCCCCCCCUCUCCAUCAGCGACAAACGACGCGAAAGGCGAGAAGCUGAGUGUGAUGCAUAAUAAGGCUUGGAUGGGCAUGGCGAAGCGGGACCGUGGAACCGCAGUGCCGAAGAUGAGUGAGGAUGGGGUGGCCAAAAUGAUUAAUGCUAGGAUGGAAGCCGGCACAGCUGCUGGUAAUGCUCGUGAGGUGGAGGGUGAGGUGGGCAUGGAGGGGAUGUUGGAUGGGGAGAAGAAGAAGAAGAAGGGACCGGUGAGUAACCUCGCGCAGUACUUUGAUGUGUGGCAGCUGAUUGGGGUGUAG